CAUACAAGAAAUUUACCUUAAAACUUUGCCAUCGUAUUCCAAAAACUUUCUUAAUUUGUCAACGUUAGAUUUCGUCUUCGUAAAAUUAGAUUUGGCUUUUAUCUGCCGGUCAAAGCUUUUUCGUUCUUUGGAACUCUUCCUCUUUUGACUAUCCUUCCUUGGUUGAUUCCACUAUUCUAAAUUACUGUUGGAUCUGUAAAGCUAUAACCUGGUAGUUUAGGAAUACCUGCCAUCUUUUAUUAAUAUAAUAUUAUCAUUCAAAUUCAAAGGGGACGCUUCUUUAAAAAAUAUAUGUAUAUUGACAAAACUGCCUUCAAUAUGGGUUACUAAGAAAAUGUUUUUGUCUUGGUAACCACAAACACCUGUUAAUGCAACAGGUGCUGCAUGGAAUUUUUAAAUUAUUUUUUAGGUAGAUCGUAUGAUUAUGUGUAGUGUAGUUUAUAAUAGUUAUAUAAAAUAAAUUUUUAACAGUUUCUUUUAUAUUGUCAGGAAACAAAUAUGUUUUUGUCGGGUCAUGUAUGUCUGUCUAUAUAGCUUUGAUUAAAAUUUUAGCCUUAAAUCUGCUUUUAAAGCCGGGGACAGAUAUAAUUAAUACAAUGUUAUGAAAACAUUCAGUAGCAUACAAAAAUGUAAUUGUAACAAACUGACAUCCCGUCAAUUAGACAAUUUUUUUACUUUGCUCUAAUUUAAAUGUUUCUAUUAUUUUUAAUUGUAAAAUCACAAAUAUGAGAUCCCUAUUCAAUUCAUUCUUUUCUACUGACCAAAACUAUACUUACUUCAUCUAGCUGGUAUUUCAAUAUAGAUAUCUGUAACAAACCUAAAUUGUUUGUUUGCUAUAAACGUAUAUCACAAUCUCUUCGUUUAAUUUUUAAAUUGACACUGUCACUCGUUCUUUCUAGAUUAUUUCACCUACCCAUCAUUUUGAUUUUUUUCCAUGAUCACCGAAACCGAGACCAAAGACAAACCUUCCGGUAAAAAUGUAUUUACAUGCUGCUGCCCAUGCAUCCCUUCCAAAUCGUCUAAAAAAGAGAAAAAGAAGAAGCAAAAAGCAAUUCCGAAAGAGUUUGCCGAAUACGAAUACGUCAUUGAAAAUCUGGCCAUCAGUAAAGCCCCGAAAAUCUGCUUGGACUGCGCUCAACCCACGCCAAAACCGAAAAAGAAAUCCAUAAGAACAACUCAAACUAUAAAACCGAGCGCUAGAGAUUGUUCCACGCUUGCGGUUAAGACCAGUCCUCAAGAAGUUGUUCUGGGUCCUGUAGUUCAAUCUACGCUCUCCAGUGGUGAUUGUUCUGCUCUAAAAGAACCUCACGAGAAAAUUGAGCCUUGUUGUCCUUGUCCUAGAGGUCCUCUUUCUAAACAAAUGCAAUAUAGGUGCAUGAUUAGAGAUAAAAUUAAAGAUGAUUUUAUUCUUAAGAAGAUUUUGUUACCUCCUGGACAAGUGCAGAGAAUAGAACAUCCCAAACUGCAGAAUGUACCGGAUAUUCACAAGAAUCCCGACGAAGAUAGUACGAUGAGAAAAGAAUUGAAAGCCAUUCCAGCAGAAAUUCAAAAAACCAUCGACGCCCUGAAAAUCGCCAAACCGCAACUUGGGCCCUCUUCUUUGCGCAGGAACCGAUUAAAUUUGAUACGCAGCGUUUCUGAUACAAGUUGUGAUAAUAAGGAGACAAUUUGUAAUUUUUUAGGUGUCGAAAAAAAUAUAAGAGGUGAAACUACAGAAGACACGAAAUCAUCGGUCAACGAUUACUGCUACGAUAAUAAACGGAAAAGUUUGUCUAAAUUAUUGCAGUCCGCUAAGAAAACUUUUGAUACCCCAAGAACGGCUGAAGACAGUACGAUUGAGGAACAAACAACGGUUGAAUAUUACUCUUGUCAAAUAUUUGGGGCCGUUUUAGUGAUUAAACAUUUAUUUUUGAUCGUAUAUUUGUGGGUAGUAUAUCUUUUCUAUAACUUCAAAAAUAGUUGAUUUUUCGGUUAUUUGCUACAAGAACGUCAUAACACAAAACAGUUGUUUUUAGUAAUACGAAAUAAAACACUGUUUUGGAUACCAUUGAGAUGAGAAGAAAACCUUAUAGAAAGUUCAGAACCUCUUGUGUCAAUAAUUCAAAUAUGACAGUUUUGAGUUUAGGUAGCAAUUUCGAGUGAUUUUAUAAUAUUUAAAUAUGACUUCAUUUUGCCAAAUAUUUGUCUUGGUAAUAUUCAACGUGUCAUACAGAAUUUUAACGUUUAACGAACAUAAUAAUCUUCUUUUUUUAGAUAUGAAACCAGAUGAGUCUGCUAAAAACAAUGAUGAACAGCCUGAUCAAAAGAGCCUGAAGUGGAAAAUUGUUAUUAACAAACACAAAGGAAUCUUUACAUCAAAAAAAUAGCAAACUGUCAUUUCUGACAGUUACUUUUAACUAAUUAUGUUAUAUGACAAGAAUUUUUAUAACGAUAUUUUUAAUUUUCGUAAACACCAAAGGUUGUUUAUUUCUUCAAAACGUUAUAGAUGUUAGAACGACAUGCCUAGCUAACACUUCAAGAAAUCUUUUUUUACCUUCUGGAAGUGGAGAAAUAAGCAGUUUGAUAGUCUAUUUGUCGACCAAAACAAUCAUACCCUUUUGUCAGUUUAAUAUUUUUAACUACUUGUACGAAGUUGGAUUAAUUAUAGUCAUGGAAUUUGUUGGAAAUGAAAUUGAAUGCAAUUCAGAUGAUAUUUUAGUGUAGAAAGACGAUAGCGUUACUAAUGUAUGUGAAAAAAUCACGGAAAAUCUAUUUAGACACGAAAAAUUCGUUAAAAAUGCUACGGUCGUUUUUAAUUUCAAGAAAGUCCAAAAUCCUUUUGAUAUUAAAUUAAUAGCAACAGCGGCAAAUUUACUAACUAAUAGAUCUUCAAAAUGCGAGGAUAUGGGGAAAAUCUCUUGUGUUAUUGGGAAUGACAGUUUGUGUAUACAGAAAAGUUUGAAAUGUAAUGGCGAUUUCAAUUGCGGAGUGAAAGCUGAAUAUGACGAAAAUAGUGAAGUUUGCAAAGCCCUAGGAUGGAAAAUUUGGCUCGUUCUUGUAUGUACAACGUUGUUGGUAAUAUUUUCCAAUUUUACGUUAUAUAAUUUUAUCAGCAAUCGAAUUAAUAGUAUACCGAAAUAUUUUUAUAUAGUCGACGAUAACAUAAUGGAUACACAUUUUUCGCAAAUUCAGAUACAUCACGUUCAAGAACAUACUACAUCUUUGACAAAUCAGUUGUAUAUGACAAAAAAUUCACUUUGUGAUGAUUCAUUUGAAAUUAGCAAAAAUUUAGACGUGCCCGUAGCAAUGCGUUCAUCUACUUUGACCCCUUGUACCGAUUGGACAGCAUCAUCAAACACGAGCAGCAAGGAACUUCAUUCCAGAUCUAGAAGCAGGAAACUUAGUAACUGGCCGCCAUGCAUGGGCGGCCCACUGUGUCCUGAAAAGAGUCUUUCGCAGCAAAUGAAACGAAAAAUGACGUCAUCCAAUGAAGAGACUAAUAGUGAUGGAAUCAAAGUUACAUACUAUGAAAUGUAAUAUUGCGUUUUAAUGGUGUAUACGAGUAUGAGAAAAUUCCAUGUAUGUUUUUAAGUCAGGAAAUAUAUUUUUUAAACAUGAUACCUCUAUGUAUUACCCCCUUCUACAACACACCAACACACCUUUGAUCAUAUUAUACAAU